CACCGCCCAGCUCAGCCCGGCCCAGCCGCGGAGCCGAGGCCGCCGGUGCCCCGCGCCCCGGAGGAGCCGCCAGUGCGGUCCCCGGCCCGGUCCCCAUCCCGGCCCGGCUGCAUCCCCGCCUGGCCCCGGGCCCUCAGCUCCUCCCCGCCCCGGGGCCGGGGCCCAGCCGUCUCCCGGCCCCCGCGCCCCGGCCCCGGUCCCCCGGGCCAUGCGGCCUCGGCCCCGCCGGCGCCCGUCGCGCACCCGAGGAGAUGAGGCUCCGCAAUGGCACCUUCCUGACGCUGCUGCUCUUCUGCCUGUGCGCCUUCCUAUCGCUCUCCUGGUACGCGGCGCUCAGCGGCCAGAAAGGCGACGUGGUGGACGUUUACCAGCGGGAGUUCCUGGCGCUGCGGGACCGUCUGCACGCGGCUGAGCAGGAGAGCCUCAAGCGCUCCAAGGAACUCAACCUGGUGCUGGACGAGAUCAAGAGGGCAGUGUCAGAGAGGCAGGCGCUGCGAGACGGAGACGGCAAUCGCACCUGGAGCCGCCUAACAGAGGACCCUCGACUGAAGCCGUGGAACGUCUCGCACAGGCACGUGCUGCACCUGCCCACCGUCUUCCACCAUCUGCCACACCUGCUGGCCAAGGAGAGCAGUCUGCAGCCAGCGGUGCGCGUGGGCCAGGGCCGCACCGGAGUGUCGGUGGUGAUGGGUAUUCCGAGCGUGCGGCGCGAGGUGCAUUCCUACCUGACAGACACGCUGCACUCGCUCAUCUCCGAGCUCAGCCCACAGGAGAAGGAGGACUCGGUCAUCGUGGUGCUGAUUGCCGAGACUGACCCACAGUACACUUCGGCAGUGACAGAAAACAUCAAGGCCUUGUUCCCCACAGAAAUCCAUUCCGGGCUCCUGGAGGUCAUCUCCCCUUCCCCCAACUUCUACCCUGACUUCUCCCGCCUCCGCGAGUCCUUUGGGGACCCCAAGGAGAGAGUCAGGUGGAGGACCAAACAGAACCUCGAUUAUUGCUUCCUCAUGAUGUACGCGCAGUCCAAAGGCAUCUACUAUGUGCAGCUGGAGGAUGACAUCGUAGCCAAGCCCAACUAUCUGAGCACUAUGAAGAACUUCGCACUCCAGCAGCCCUCAGAGGACUGGAUGAUCCUGGAAUUUUCCCAGCUGGGCUUCAUUGGGAAGAUGUUCAAGUCGUUGGACCUGAGCCUGAUUGUGGAGUUCAUUCUCAUGUUCUACCGGGACAAGCCCAUUGACUGGCUCCUGGACCAUAUACUAUGGGUGAAGGUCUGCAACCCUGAGAAGGACGCGAAGCACUGUGACCGGCAGAAAGCCAACCUGCGGAUCCGCUUCAAGCCGUCCCUCUUCCAGCACGUGGGCACUCAUUCCUCGCUGGCGGGCAAGAUCCAGAAACUGAAGGACAAGGACUUUGGGAAGCAGGCGUUGCGGAAGGAGCACGUGAACCCACCAGCUGAGGUGAGCACGAGCCUCAAGACGUACCAGCACUUCACCCUGGAGAAAGCCUACUUGCGUGAGGACUUCUUUUGGGCCUUCACACCUGCUGCAGGGGAUUUCAUUCGCUUCCGCUUCUUCCAGCCAUUGCGCCUUGAGCGGUUCUUCUUCCGCAGUGGGAACAUCGAGCACCCAGAGGACAAGCUCUUCAACACGUCUGUGGAGGUGCUGCCCUUUGAUAACCCUCAGUCGGACAAAGAGGCCCUGCAGGAGGGCCGCUCAGCUACUCUCCGGUACCCUCGGAGCCCUGAUGGCUACCUCCAGAUAGGCUCCUUCUACAAGGGUGUGGCAGAGGGCGAGGUGGACCCUGCCUUUGGCCCCCUGGAAGCACUGCGCCUCUCCAUCCAAACAGACUCCCCAGUGUGGGUCAUUCUGAGUGAGAUCUUCCUGAAAAAGGCCGACUGAGCUGAGGCUUCUGAGAGUGCGCUGCAGCCCUGAAGCCCACGUUUCCAGGGAUGUCGUCGCUGCUGCCCCUAUAGGGCCAGGCGUGGCCACAGUCCCGAAGGGUUCUGCCUGGCACUGGGCUGGGGCCGGCCUGGGGUCCGCCGCUGGCCCGGAGGCCCCAGGAGCUGGUGCUGCCCCCGCCCGCCGGGCCACGGGAAGAGGCAGGCGGCCCCCACACUGUGCCUGAGGUUCGGCCCUGGCCGCCCACCCGGAACCGUUUGCACCUGGCCAGCCGAGCCAGGCCGUUUUAGAAGAGCUUUUUCCUGGCGCCCACUCUCCCCGGCGCAAACACUGGAAUGCAUAUACUACUUUAUGUGCUGUGUUUUUUAUUCUUGGAUACAUUUGAUUUUUUCACGUAAGUCCACCUAUACUUCUAUGAGAGCGUGACUUGUAAUAAAGGGUUAAUGAAGUGUA